GCACUCGCACACUCUCCAAGUCUAUAAAAUCCGAACCUAUUUCCUCUCCCGAGACCUCGCAGCCAUUGCUAAAGUAACUCUCGUACUCAAAACUCUCCUUAAACUCGUAAAAACAACAGAGAAAAGCUUGAUCAAAUGGCUUUUGAAGGAAUCCUCUUGGGCAUGGGCAAUCCACUCCUAGACAUUUCUGCUCAUGUUGACGAAGCGUUCGUAAACAAAUACGAUGUCAAGCCAAACAAUGCUAUUCUUGCCGAAGAUAAGCACUUGCCAAUGUAUGAAGAAUUGGCUAGCAAUCCUAAUGUAGAAUACACUGCUGGAGGUGCUACUCAAAAUACAAUAAGAGUUGCUCAGUGGAUGCUCCAAAUUCCUGGUGCAACAGGUUAUAUAGGUUGCAUUGGGAAGGAUAAGUUUGGAGAGGAGAUGACAAAAAACUGCAGGCAAUCCGGUGUCAAUGUUCACUAUUAUGUGGAUGAGACUGCUCCAACAGGGACAUGCGCUGUUUGUGUUCUUGGUGGUGAGAGAUCACUGAUUGCUAAUUUGUCAGCUGCAAAUUGUUAUAAAUCUGAGCAUUUGAAGAGACCAGAAAACUGGGCACUGGUUGAGAAAGCAAAAUAUUUCUACAUUGCUGGUUUUUUCCUUACCGUCUCUCCUGAAUCCAUUCAACUUGUUGCUGAACACGCUGCUGCUCACAACAAGAUCUUUUGCAUGAAUCUUUCUGCUCCAUUCAUCUGUGAGUUCUUCAGGGAUGCACAGGAGAAAGCUCUACCGUAUAUGGACUAUGUCUUUGGGAAUGAGACUGAAGCCAGAACCUUUGCUAAGGUUCAUGGAUGGGAGACUGAGAAUGUUGAGGAGAUUGCUGUAAAGAUCUCUCAGUGGCCCAAAGCAUCAGGGACACACAAGAGAAUUACUGUUAUCACUCAAGGUGCCGAUCCUGUUGUCGUUGCUGAGGAUGGGAAGGUGAAAACAUUUCCUGUAAUCUUGUUACCUAAGGAGAAGCUGGUUGACACCAAUGGUGCAGGGGACGCAUUUGUCGGUGGAUUUCUGUCACAGCUUGUGCAAGAGAAGCCUAUUGAAGAGUGCGUUAGAGCCGGUUGCUAUGCAUCAAAUGUUAUUAUCCAGAGGUCAGGCUGCACAUAUCCAGAGAAGCCUGAUUUCAGUUAGGCUCACAUGUAUUAAAUACGUAUUCCCAUUUGUGAUAUUUAUGGUCCGAUUGUUAAAGUUUUAUUCGCGGCAGCCAAACAUUAUUUGCUCCUGAACCCAUAUGAUUUGGUAGAGGAGAACGUUUUGUUUCUUUUCAAUAUUGUAUUCUAUGUUUUAGGACAUCCUUGUUCGCUGCAUAAAUGAGGAAUAUAUAUCUUGGCGGGGUUAUCAACGAAAACAAAUUUCCAUUCGGUACUACCCGGUGAACGGCUUGUUUGUUGGAUUAGUAUGAUUAAUUCUGUCUAGUGCAGUUUUAAUUCUAUUAAGUGAAAUCCAGUCAUUUAGGCGUUUCGUGGUGACCUUUACUUGUGAUUUUCAAUUAUAAUAAAACAGUCAGUAUUUUAGUGUGUAAAAA